AUGGACUCAGAUCAUCGUUUGAAGGCCUACCGUUUUGUAGCCUACUCGGCUGUCACCUUUUCGGUGGUUGCCGUUCUCUCCGUAUGCAUUACCCUUCCGAUGGUCUACAGCUAUGUGAGCCAGGUGAAACGUUCGAUGUAUGACGAGAUCCGUCACUGCAAGAGCUCCGCAAGCGACAUCUGGGGCGAAGUCACCCACAUUAAGAAUCUUCCCGCCGGAAACAGAACCGCCCGUCAUGCAGGAUACAAUGAAGGUGGAAACGGCGGCGGCGGUGGUGGUGGAGGUGGCGGCGGUGGUGGUGGUGGAGGCGGCGGCGGCGGCGGAGGCGGCGGAUGCAGCGGAUGCUGUUUACCUGGCCCACCAGGAGCAGGAGGAACUCCAGGACGACCUGGAAGACCUGGAAAGCCUGGAGCAAAUGGUAUGCCAGGAAACCCAGGUAGAGGCGGCGGCGGAUGUGGACCCGAAACCCCACCCCCAUGCCAGCCUUGCCCAGCUGGACCACCUGGACCUCCUGGACCACCAGGACCCGCUGGAGGCCCCGGAACCGACGGAUAUCCAGGAAAUUCCGGAUCCGGUAGCAACCCUGGACCACCUGGACCUAAGGGACCACCUGGACCCAACGGAAACCCUGGUCAACCUGGAGCACCUGGACAACCUGGUCAACCCGCUAUCUCUACACCUCCUUCCCCUGGACCACCCGGACCACCUGGACCACCUGGAGCACCAGGAACACCAGGAUCCAAUGGACAACCCGGAUAUGGUGGUGGAGCAGGCACACCCGGACCCAAAGGACCUCCUGGAGCACCUGGACAACCUGGUGCUGACGGAAAUCCAGGACCUCCAGGACCACCUGGAAAUGGUGGCUCACAGGGAGAGCCAGGUAUCUGCCCCAAAUACUGUGCCAUCGAUGGAGGAAUCUUCUUCGAGGAUGGAACUCGUCGUCGUUGA